AUGUCGAAGUUCCUCAAACUGGGCGCUCCCCUUGAUGCGACGGGGCUGCCAGUACACGCCACGUCCGUAUCCAACCUUAUACAGCCCUCGCCUCACGAACUGCCUUCGUCCCAGGAACGGCCUUCGCUCCAGGAACAGUUUUACGUCAGGAACAGGCUUCAUCUCAGGGCGCGGUUCAAGUUUCGAUCCAGAAUCGACCAAGACGAAUUCUGGGCUGCACUGUUUGGGACUAUCGGCGCUAUUACAACCAUCCAACUCGACGUCGCAUUUCUUGCGCCCCUCGUCAUCGUCGCCCUGUGCUCCUUCCUAGCGAGGUAUACCGGCCUACGACAAAAGGCGUGGAUGGGGAAGAUCGGGAAGCGGGUCGGACUCACCGCGAACGUCAUUGGUACUAUUCCCAUUUCUGUACUUCGCAACCCCGAAAAGCCCCCUCUCAGUGGCGGGUGCAGCAGGCUCCCCAUGCGCGAGGGGCUCUCCAGGCGCGAGGUGCGGUACAGGCGUGUUGGCUAG